AUGUCUUUCUAUCGCGGGAUUCUCCUCACCUCGCUCCUUGUACCCUCCGCUCUGGCCGGAAGCUACUCGUUAUCCCAGAGCAACGUGGGAUCCGAGUUUUUAUCGAACUUCCAGUGGGAGAACAUCACCGAUCCUACAAAUGGUCGAGUGGAGUACGUCACUCAGAGCACUGCUCUGGCAGAGAACUUGACCUAUACGUCGUCGGACACUUUCAUCAUGCGUGCGGAUUAUACCACGACAUUGGAUGCUUCGGGCCCAGGACGCAAAAGCAACCGCAUCAAGAGCAACACGAAGUACAACACUCAUGUCGCUGUAUUUGAUAUCCGACACAUGCCCCAGGGAUGUGGCACCUGGCCUGCACUCUGGGAAGCCGACGACACCGUUGGUACUUCUGCCGGCGAAGUUGACAUCUUAGAGGGCGUCAACGACGUAUCCCCUGAUAGCGUCACUCUGCACACAAACGGAACUUGUACCAUGCCAUCUAACCGCACAAUGCUUGGAACGGCCCUGUCAAACGACUGCAGCUCGUCAGCGUCCGUCGAGAACGGUAACAAUGGAUGUCCUGUUAAUGCACCGUACACCUCGUCAUAUGGCACUGUGUUUAACACAUACGGCGGUGGAUGGUAUGCUGUUGAGCGGACGUCGGAGUACAUCCGCGUGUGGUUCUGGUCGCGGAACGGCACGACAACGCCGUCCGAAGUUAGCUCAGGCGCGAGCAACAUCAAUACGGACAGCUGGGGUACUCCCAUCGCGUACUUUCCCGAUACGAAUUGCAACCUGAAGGAUCUUUUUGGAAACCACAACAUCAUCAUCGACUUAACGUUCUGUGGUAGCUGGGCUGGAGAGGCCUUUGGCCCCGCAGGGUGUCCUGGCAACUGCACCGAUUACGUCAAUAGUAACCCGUCCGCAUUCGAAAAUGCGUACUGGGAAUUCGCCGCGGCGCGUGUCUACUUACCCUCGUCGUCAGCGUCGAACAGCUCGAAUGCGACGUCGACGAGCAACUUCUCUGCGGCGUCGCCGUCAAGCACCUCGUCCGGCAGCUACGUCACGCAGGCGCUCUCUGUGCCCGUGCUAUUGUCGAUGCUCAUCGGGGCCGUGUACAUCAUGAACUGA